CUUAUUCUAAAAACCGAGGGACUCUUUGUACCUUUCAAAACGCACACAACACAGCAAUAACAUCGUUCGCAGUCUUCUUCCGAGCCAAAAAACCCUGCUUUGCUCCUCUGCUCUGACUCUGUGGGUGGCUGUGGCUCCAAUGGCGAAGAUCACAAAAACGAAGAAGCGCAGGCUCAUCAAAACAUCCGACAAAACCAUUGAGAAAAAACUCAAAACCCAAAACCCCAAGCAAAAAUUAGAAGAAAAAGAAGAAAGAGAAGAAGAGCACCCUAACCCUAACCAGAAACAACCCCAAUCCGAUUCCGAUUCCGGUUCCGUCUCAGACUCAGACUCAGACUCGUCCGAGUCCGACGUAGAGAACCUCCCUGAACUACUCCAAGCCUACACCAAGGACCAGCUAAUCGAGCUCAUCGUCGAAGCGGCCUCCAAGGACUCGGCCCUCUUCAACCGCAUUCGGGACGCUGCAGACGGCGACGUUUCGCAUCGAAAGAUCUUCAUCCACGGCCUCGGCUGGGACACCACGCGCGAAACCCUUGUCGCUGCCUUCGAAUCCUUUGGCGAGAUCGAGGAAUGCAAUUUGGUGUUGGACAAAGCCACGGGCAAGGCCAAAGGCUAUGGCUUCGUCCUCUUCAAAAAGCGCCGUGGAGCUGCCAAGGCGUUGAAGAACCCUAAAAAGAACAUCAGCAAUAGAAUCGCUUCCUGUCAAUUGGCCUCGGUGGGUCCGGCCAACAACAACAACACGACGACUUCUUCGUCGUCGUUUAACGCUCAAUCGGACUCGGCAUCGAGAAAAAUAUACGUGAGCAGCGUGCCGCAUGAUGUUGAUGGUGAGAAAUUGAGAAUUUUUUUUGCUAAAUUUGGGGAAAUCGAAACUGGGCCAAUGGGUUUCGAUUCGCAGACCGGAAAAUGCAAGGGUUUCGCUCUGUUCCUGUACAAGACUGUGGAGGGUGCGAAGAAGGCUCUUGAAGAACCCUUCAAGGUGUUUGAAGGGCACCAAUUGCAAUGCCAGAAGGCGGCCGAAGGUUCCAAGAACAAGAACUCAGCUGUGGCGCCCCCGCAAGGGCAAAUGCAGCAGCCGACACUGGCUGCUGUGGCAGCAGCGCAGAAUAUGGCUUUGUUCGGUCAGCAUCCGAACGUUAACCCAUUGUACGGUGGAUUAAUGGGCAAUGUGGGUGGUGGGUUUGUUCCUGGGUCUGCUAACCCGGGUAUGGUGGCCCGAGCAUUGAACCCGGGUAUAAUGGGAGGGGCAUUGAACCCAAGUGUUAUUCCGGUAAGCCAAGUGGGCCAGGUGGGUGCUGGUGUUGGUGGGUACAAUGGAGGGUCUCAUGGGUUGGUCAAUUUAGGUGGAGGGUCUCAUGGGUUGCUCAGUUUGGGUGGAGGAUCUCAUGUGAGUAACCCCUCAUUGCUUGGUGCAUAUGGGACGAGUGGGUCUCUUCCUAUGCUCCAGGGUCUGCAGCACGAGCAGCCGGGUUCUGGUAGGCCUCAGAGGGCUAGUGGGUCAUUCGCUGGGUAUACAUCAUAUAUGUGAGUAAGUGUCGCUGAACAUCAGGAAGGAUGAUCAUGUCUCUAAGGAAUAUUUAUCUUAAAGCUUGCUUUGGAUUGAACACUUUUUCGGGAAGUUUUUCUUUUGGAAGACUUUGUAUUUUAAUUUUCUCAUGGUCCAUAACUUCAAAUUUGGCCAAGCUCGACAGCAACUUGGUGGACGUUCCUUUUUUGUAUUUUUUUUUAAUGUUUUAAUUCAUCACAUCUUUGACAUCCUUUAUUUUGUAAGAAUUGACAACAUCCAGUUUCACUUUAAUGUUCAGUUUCUUUUUCUUUUUCAGUGACUA